AUGGCUCUACUGGAUGUGUGCGGAGCCCCCCGAGGGCAGAGGCCCGACUGGGCUUUUCCAGCUGCUGGAAGCAGCCAUUGCUCGGACCCAGGACACUACAGUUUCUCUAUGCGAUCUCCGGAGCUCGCCCUCCCCCGGGGAAUGCAGCCCACUGAAUUCUUUCAGUCCCUGGGUGGGGACAGAGAAAAGGACAUUCAGAUUGAGAUGGCCCAUGGCACCACCACACUGGCCUUCAAAUUCCAGCAUGGAGUGAUUGUGGCAGUGGACUCUAGGGCCUCGGCUGGGAAUUACAUUGAUACCCUGCGGGUGAACAAGGUGAUUGAGAUUAACCCUUACCUGCUUGGCACCAUGUCUGGCUGUGCAGCGGACUGUCAGUACUGGGAGCGUCUGUUGGCCAAGGAGUGUAGGCUGUACUAUCUGCGGAAUGGGGAGCGCAUCUCCGUCUCAGCAGCCUCCAAACUACUCUCCAACAUGAUGUGCCAGUACCGGGGCAUGGGCCUCUCCAUGGGCAGUAUGAUCUGUGGCUGGGACAAGAAGGGUCCUGGACUCUACUAUGUAAAUGAAAAUGGAACUCGGCUCUCAGGAAAUAUGUUCUCCACUGGUAGUGGGAACACUUAUGCCUAUGGGGUCAUGGACAGCGGCUAUCUGCUCAAUCUUACCCCCCAAGAGGCCUAUGACCUUGGCCGCAGGGCUAUUGCUCAUGCCACCCACAGAGACAGCUAUUCUGGAGGCGUUGUCAAUAUGUACCAUAUGAAGGAAGACGGCUGGGUGAAAGUGGAAAGUACAGACGUCAGUGACCUGCUGCACCAGUACUGGGAGGCCAAGCAGUAAUGGGGAUGGCAGCUGGGCAGCCACCUCAGGGAGAGUCUGGCCAACCCAAGGACCUGAGACAGAAGAAGCCCCUGGAGAACGAGAGCCCUAACCUGCACCAGAGAUAGAGAAUAGGCUUAUUGGCCCAGUAGGGCUAGAGGGGUUCAUCCUUUUGUGUGUUUUCUGUUUCAUGAGCAUUUCUCUCAAAAAACUUCUGGGUCUCACUAUGUACAAUAAAGGAAAACGGUUAUAAAUGU